AUGGUCCAGGACGGAGCAAUAUUGCAUGAAGCUAUAAUUAAGUCAGGUGUGACAAACCGGGCAGGUAUUACAGAAGAGAGCAGUUUAAUUGGUAUUUUAACACCAGAAAGACCAUUUCUGGAGAAAUAUGGGUUAGCCAUCGCUAGGACUUUAGUCGAUGCAGCUAAUGAUGUCGUUUAUACCCGAGUAUUUAACCCUGGACCUAAUGAUGUUGUGGUUUACAAACACACCCAUAUGGCUUUGUUUAAUCCAGUUAGUCGAAUAAGACAUACUUUUAAUUUGAAUAAGAGUAAAGAUCCAGUUCUACAGGUUAACGUGGCUCCUAUUAGUAACAUGGCAGCCACGAUACCUGAGCAUUUGAAUGCAGUAUUAGAAAAAGGCUGUUCACAUAUAAAUGAAGAACAGAAAAUUAAAUUUAAGAAUUUUCUUUUAAAGAAUCAAGAGUGUUUCGCUAAACCUGGUGAAGUAGGGCGUACUCAUUUGGGGACACAUAAGAUCAAACUGAAAGAUGAAACACCUAUUAGAGAACCCCCUAGACGAAUACCUUUAUAUAAGAGACAGGCUUUGGAGGAAGAGAUUGAGAAAUUGGAACAACGGGGACUAAUAGAAAAGUCAUCAAGCCCAUGGUCAUCACAGACAGUUAUGGUCCAGAAGAAGGACGGGACUUGGCGCAUGUGUAUUGACUACCGGAAAUUAAACGAAAAGACCAUCAAAGACGCCGCUUACACGUAUUGA